GAUCAGUUGGCGGCAAUCCUUAGAGAUCCGCAGAUUAGUUGGCGCCAAUCAUCAGAGAUCCGCUGAUCAUUUGGCGGCGAUUAUUAUAGAGCCGCUGAUCAUUUAGCGACCAACAUCUGUGAUCCGCUGAUUAGUUAGCCGUAAUCAUCAGAGAUCUGCUGAUUAGUAGGCGGCAAUCAUCAGAGAUCUACUGAACUUGAUCUCUUAUUGAUCUCUAUUGAUUUUUUCCAUAUCUUAUUAUUGAUUUUUUUAAAGACUUUUCUCCGGACAAAGUUCUCCAAAACUGGAUUAUUGUUUACCACAGUUUGAACAGUGAACAGUGAACACUGAACAUAGUUUAAGUUUUAUUUUACAUGUUCUGUAUUACAUCCAAGAUGAUCGCCGGUUUUUAUUCCUUAAAUAUUAAAGCAGAAUACAAUUCUACGCAGAGUCCCUUCAUGUUCCCUUCAUAUUCCCUUCAUGUUCCCUUCAUGUUCUCUGAUUUUCUCUGAAAUCCAUCCUCAGCUCUUGAUUGAUUCUCCGUCUAGUAAACCCUCACUUCUCCUCUCAUUCACCUCAAUUCAUAUCAUGGAUUUAGAUCUGACAAUACAAGAUAUUGUGAGUUGGAUGUUAAAACUAGCUUUCCUGGGAUUAGCAAUCAUCAAUACGAUUCCUAACUCUCUAAUUCUCUACAACUUGGUUCGGCGUACAUCUCUCUGGACUGGGUUUAAUGUAGGAGCUGGAGUUCUCAACUUCUUAAACCUAACCCUACUUAACAUCAAGUUUAUCAUCUACCCUUUGAUUCUGAUCAAUGGAAUAUCCUGGUUCUCACAAGACUUAAACACCGUAUUCCUGUCUGGGACCUCUAUCAGCGUGUACUGUCAAGUAGUUUACAUAGUCGGAAACUUCUUCCACAUUUUUGAACUCUUCAUUAAAUUCUUUGGAGUGUAUGCAAGAUGGUUCAUCAUACGGUACCCGGAGAAGCUUGUCGUGGAAGGUCUGGGUAUUCUAAACUUCUUAAUCCUGUUGCUACCCUUUCUGUACAGCUGUAUUGUGACUGGUAGCUGGAUAGGAGAAAAUAAGGCAAAUCCACUGCUGCAGUACCAGCUCUGCUGUAUGGCGGACCCUGCAUCUAUCGCCAAAUCCUAUCCAACUAAAAACAGACUGUUCCAUCCUGUAUUCUCCCUUCUUCUCAUCUUCUUCCUUGUUCACAAUCAGAUCAGAGCAAACAGGUUUAUCAGUGGUCUGUUCCCACGUGGUCGCUUCUCCGCUGUCGGAGGAACCUACCGAAGAUCAAUAUUGGACCGAAACCAGCUCAUUCAAUCUUGCCUCUUCGAACUUCUCCUGAUUCUCCUUCACGAGUUGGUGUUUCUCCUCAUGUACAUGUACAACAUGUACAGCGGCGUCGUCAGCCUAGCUGUACAUAUGCUAAUGGAUCUAUACAUAGUCUGGCAGGCCUGGCAGAGCUAUAACAUAUGUCUAACAGAGUAUCCAGUUCUUUUCAGUGAAAAAAACAUUGACAUCUUCCCCAGCAAGAUCGCCCAGUUCUAUGGAAGCGUUUUGAUCAGCAUCGUUCACAAGCUGAUCAAAUUGAUCGCUAGGGUCAACCCUCAGCAGAUUCCUUCUUCGCAGGAUCUUGAAUUGAAUAACGUUUAAUAAUCUAAAAAAUGUUUAUAUUUGCUUUUACUGGAGCUUUAAAAAAUCAGGCAUGUCAGAUUCAUAACGCUUAUCCAUUAUCUGAUCCAUAAUUGACGGAAGGUUUUUUAUUCAACGUCGUAAAUCUGAAGGUUUUCAGUCUAUUGAUGAUCAUAUAAGGUGAAAUGUGUAUUGUAAAUAAAGCUUAUUGAAUGAAGGGUCACAUAAAAAUUGCGUGUGCUAAAAACAUUAAACAUUAAAUAAAUUCAGUAUUUUAAAAAAAGAUAAUUUUUUAAAUUCUUGAUAGAAUUUUACUUGUACAUUAACAUGUGAUUUUUUUUGUAACCUUGAUCAAUUUAAUGUAAAACUAUCGGAAAUAGUUUGUAAUGUAUUUAUAU